AUGAGCAUCUCAUCAGACACCAAGCAGACCCCUGCAUGGUCAAGUGAUAGCGGCAACUCAUACGCCAUGGUCAACGAUGGCGCCCAGCGGAACCAUACACAAACACCCGUUGCCGUCGUCGGCAUGGCCUGUCGUCUCCCCGGCCACAGCAACUCACCCACCCUACUCUGGGACUUUCUCCAACGUGGCGGCAUCGCAAAGAACGAACCUCCAGCCACGCGAUUCAGCUUGUCCGGACAUCAUGACGAGCACCGCAGGCCAAGAACGAUGAAGAGUCCCGGUGGCAUGUUCAUGGAGGACGUCGACCCGGAGGUCUUUGACGGGCAAUUCUUCAACAUCAGCCGUGUUGACUGCAUAGCCAUGGAUCCGCAGCAACGUAUUCUUCUCGAAGUUGCGUAUGAGUGCUUGGAGAACGCGGGUAUCCCGCUUGAAGCAAUCAGUGGCAAACGAGUUGGAUGCCUUGUCGGCACAAACAUCGUGGACUAUGCCUCUAUGCAGAGUCGUGACCCCGAGAACCGUCCAGAGUCCGCGACGAUAGGUGUCGCCUGGUCCAUUUUGAGUAAUCGGAUCAGUCACUUCCUCAACAUCCACGGCCCCAGUAUGACAGUAGACUCGGCAUGCUCUGCCAGUCUUGUCGGCGUGGAAGUUGCCUGCCGUUACCUUGACACCCUCCAGGCAGACGGCAUGCUGGUAUCCGGUGCCAGUCUCUGGCUGACUCCCGAGCACAACGAAGAGAUCGGCAUGAUGCGCAUGACACAGUCAGCAACCGGCCGAUGCCACAGCUUCGAUGCCAAGGCAGACGGUUAUGCCAAGGCAGAAGGCAUGAACGUUGUCUACCUGAAGCGUCUUGACGAUGCCCUGCGGGACGGCGACCCGAUCCGCGCCGUCAUCCGCGGCACCGCCACCAACAGUGACGGCCGAACACCUGGAAUCGCCAGUCCCAGCGCCGAGGCCCAGUCGGCUGCCAUCAGGGCGGCAUACGCCAACGCUGGCAUCAAGAACUUCAACGAUACACAAUACCUAGAGUGCCACGGUACCGGCACGCCUGCCGGAGACCCGAUUGAAGUCAGGGGUGCCGCCUCCGUUUUCGCAGGCACCCGCGAGGUCGGCCAGGACCUCGUAAUCGGAUCCAUUAAGAGCAACAUCGGCCACUCUGAGGCCGCGGCAGGCUUGUCGGGUUUGAUGAAAGUCGUACUCGCGCUCGAGCAUGGCAUCAUCCCCGGGAACCCGACCUUCGUCACCCCUAACCCCAACAUCGAUUUCGCGGGCUCGCGUGUUCGUCCCACGCGCAUGUCCAUCAAGUGGCCAGAGACAUCUUUGGACGUCCGCCGCGCAAGCGUGAACUCAUUUGGUUUCGGUGGCUCAAAUGCACACGCCAUCUUGGAAAACGCCCCCUUUGCGACCCAUGUAUCCUCCUACAAGGAGAUCACCUCGGACUUCUUUGGUGAUGACGAUGAUGAUGAAGACGUGAUCGUCGCAGAAGAUGCCCCGUCAAAGGUACUCGUCUUGUCUGCGAAUGAUCAGUCGUCGCUGAAGAGCUACAUCAGCGCGCUCUCGGGGCACCUGAUCAACCCCGGAGUUUCGGUCGACAUUGACGACCUGGCGUAUACGCUCUCAGAGCGCAGAAGCCACCACUACUACCGCGCCUUCCUGACAACAAACUCCAGCAGCAGCAUCGAUCAAGGGAAGAUUCAAUUUGGUCAGAAGGCUGCCUCGAAGCCGCGCGUUGGGUUCGUCUUCACCGGCCAGGGAGCGCAGUGGCCGCAGAUGGGAUCCAGUCUCGUCAAGGCUUUCCCGCAGGCGAGGCAGGUGAUUGAGGAGUUGGACCAGGUCCUCCAGAAGCUUCCUGAUGCGCCAUCCUGGAGUUUGCUUGCUGAGCUGACCGAGGAAAGAAGCUCUGCGGCCCUGCGACAGCCAGAGUACUCCCAGCCUCUUGUAACAGCGUUGCAAUUGGCCAUCCUCGAAGUGGUGAAGGAAUGGGGUAUCAGUCCCGAGGCCGUGGUAGGACACUCAUCUGGGGAGAUUGCUGCUGCCGCCGCUGCCGGCCUGAUCACACCAGACGACGCCAUCAAGAUUGCCUAUUACCGUGGUCAAGCCACCAAGAGGUUCCCUCCCAAGGAGCCACUGGGAAUGUUGGCUGUUGGUGUCGAUGUCGAGACGGUCGAGAAGUACAUCGAACCAGAGAGCAAGGUUCAGAUUGCCUGCUACAACAGUCCUAGCAGUCUUACUCUCUCUGGCGCUGCCGCAGCAUUGAAGUCUAUCGAGGAACGCAUGAAGCAGGAUGGCCACUUUGCCAGGCUGUUGCUGGUCGAUGCUGCGUAUCACUCGGACUACAUGGCGCCAAUUGGAGAGGUUUACGAGAAGAUGCUGAAUGAUAGCAUCAACACAUCUCAGAGCAAGCCGACGGCUAGGAUGUUCAGUUCUGUCACCGGUCAGGUCCUGACCGAGGCGCCAGAUGCCGCGUACUGGAAGAGCAACAUGGUUUCCCCCGUCCGUUUCACCACGGCGGCCAAGGAGCUCCUCCGAGACACACAAACUGGAGUCGAUUUCCUGAUCGAGAUCGGUCCAAGCAACGCUCUCUCAGGUCCCAUCGCGCAGAUCAAGAAGACCCUUUCGGGUGCGGCAGCCGACGCGCUGUACACCUCGGCUUUGAAGCGUGGGCCAGAUUCAAUCCAGUCCUUGUACAACGUCGCGGGCCAACUCUUCCUCCUCGGCGGGACGGUUGAUCUCAGGAAGGUCAACCGAACUCACGAGUCGAGGACGCCGUCAGUUAUUGUUGAUCUGCCCAACUACUCGUGGAAUCACUCCCAGCGGUACUGGCACGAGACGCAGGCCAGCCGCGACUGGCGCUUCAAGAAGUUCAUCAACCACGACCUCCUUGGAUCGAAGAUGAACGGCACCGCGUGGCAGUCUCCCAUCUUCCAAAAGACUCUCCGCCUCAGUGACAUGCCCUGGCUGCGGGACCACAUGAUGGGAAACCAGAUCAUCUUCCCGGGAGCGGGCUACUGUGCCAUGGCGGUGGAGGCCAUGUACCAGGUGUCCAUGGUGACGAAGUGGGAUGGAAAGGAGCCGUCUCGGUACCAGUUCCGCUUCCGUGACAUCCGCUUCCUACGCGCCUUGGUGCUCGAGGAAGAUGAGCCUGCUACGUACACGCUGACCCUGACACCGGCGCGAGGAGGAUCGAUCCGCGACUGGUUUGAGUUCCGUGUCUGUUCGACCAAGGACACGGUCUACACUGAGCAUUGUGCCGGCUUGAUCUCUGUGGAGACUGACUACAAGGAGACGCCGGCCCCUAGCGGCUCUCUCAAGCCCUUGGAGCUCGCCACGCCUGCCAGCAUGAUCUACAAGGCGGUUCGAGAGUCUGGCUACAACUACGGUCCUUGCUUCCAGAAGCAUCUUCUCUUCGAGGCCACCAUGGGCGUGACCGAAAGCCGCUCGACUGUGGCAAUGGAUCCCCCGCCCUCCACCUACGGACAGUCGUUCUAUCCCAUCCAUCCGGCCAGCAUUGAUGCCUGCUUCUAUAUCGGUAUCCUGGCCAUCUCCAAGGGUGACAUCCCCCUGGUGGGAGCCGUACACGUCCCGCAGAUCCUGAGCAGCCUCGUCAUCCCCAUGCGCCGAGAACAACCCGCGGAGGCGAUCGCCCUGGCCUCGGCUCGCUUCCUGGGCAUUGGACGGGAGGAUCUCCACCGCAACUACGGCUCCGACCUGUCUCUAUACGACCCCAAGGACGGGUCGCUCAUCUUCGAGAUGAAGGGGUUGACCACGCGCGACAUCGAGACCAGCGAGGAGGAGGGCGCCAAGCACCUCUUCACCCACCUGGCGUGGGAAGCCGACCUCCCCCUGCUACUGUCCGCACCGGAGCCCAAGCUGCGGCAGUUCUUGAGGGACAAUGACAAGACGACGCAGGACUUGAUUGACCUUGUCGCCCACAAGAAGCCAACGCUCAAGGUUUUGGAGGUUAAUCUGAGCUCAACGGACGCGUCAAGCCUGUGGGUUCAAGAAGAGUCUAACCCCAUCCGCGCCGCCGCAUCUCAGUACAACUUUGCUGUGAGCGAUCCCGCGACGCUGAUCAGCGCCCAGGGUCAGCUUUCGACCCACGCCCCGUCCGCUCAGUUUGGUUUGCUCGAUGUGAAUAGCUCCGCUGCUAUCGUGCCAGACGUCAAGUUUGACCUCGUCAUCGUCAAGGCUUCGGACCGUAUCGAUGCAACGACGCGAGAUCGGGCUCUGGCGAGCAUCUCCCAGUCGGUACAGGCCGGUAGUAUUGUGAUCAGUGUCGGCCAGGUCUUCUCACUCAGCUCGCUGGGCAGUGCUCAAGCCCUCGAUGAUGAUACUUCGAUUGUCCAUGUGCAAAGCGCCGAGAAGGCACAGGAGGUGGCCUUGCCGACUGUCAGCUUCAUCAGCCUCACCGGCUCCGUCCAUGAGGCGUCCAGCAAGAUUCUGGGACACAUCAUCCAAAGUGGUUGGAAUGUCCAGAAGCUCGCUGGUUCUUCUGCCGUCACCGCAGACCAGAUCGUUCUUGUUCUUGACGAGCUGGUGUCGCCCAUCAUGAUCAACCCAGAUGCCAAGCAGUGGGACACUCUGAAGAGUCUCGUCCAGAAGCAAUGCAGAAUUCUCUGGGUUACUUCUGGCGCUCAUUUAGACGUCACAAACCCCAACUCUGCGGCCGUCAACGGAUUCUUCCGUACCGUCCGCGCCGAAGAGGGCGCCCGCCUCGUCAACCUGGAUGUCGAGAGUCCUGCCGGAGAUGCCACCGGCGCCGCCAUCGUCUCCUGCCUCGACGUUCUCUCCCAGCCUGACCCCAAAGACCAGCUCGAAAGCGAGUUCGUCGAGCGCGGCGGAGUCGUUCGUGUCAGCCGUCUGCUGCCGGACUGGGAGAUCACCAGGCUUCAGGGUCAUCACCCCAGCGACCGCAAAACCGAGGUGCUGGACAUUCACGCCAGCGAGACCAUCAUCAACAUGGGUGCGGAGCGUCUGGGUGACAUGGAUUCCAUCCAUUACCACGAGGUGACGGCGGAGCCUCAGCCACUUGAGGACGGCUACGUCGAGGUCGAGGUUUACGCCGCUGGUCUGAAUUAUAAGGACGUCGUUGUAACCAUGGGCAUCGUUCCUGGUGACGAGCGCGAACUGGGCGGCGAGGCGGCUGGCAUCGUGACGAAGGUUUCACCAAGUGUCACCUCUCUCACGGUUGGCCAACGUGUUGUGGUCUUCACCCCGGCGACCAUUUCAAACCGCGUCCGUACCCGGCCUGGACGAGUGCAUGCCCUCCCUGACUGGAUGUCUUUCGAGGAGGCUGCCACUCUGUGUGGUGUUUACUUGACUUCCAUCUACUCAUUGUUCGAUAUGGCUGAUGUGAAGGCCGGUAAGACCGUACUGAUUCACUCCGCGGCGGGUGGUGUCGGCAUCUCAUCUAUGCAGCUGGCUCAGUAUGCUGGCGCGGAGGUCUUUGCGACUGUUGGUUCUCCUGACAAGAGAGAAUUCAUCAAGUCCACUUUCGGUCUAGAGGACGACCACAUCUUCAACUCCCGCGACACAACCUUUGGUGACCAAAUCUUGGCUGCGACUGGUGGCAGAGGAGUCGAUAUCAUUCUCAACUCUCUCACCGGUGACAUGCUGGAUGAGUCGUUCCGCGUGCUCGCCGACGGAGGUAUUAUGGUCGAGAUUGGUAAGAAAGAUAUCUUGGAUCGCAACAGCCUUGCCAUGGAGCCAUUCGACCGCAACAUCUCCCUGAGAGCCGUCGAUAUGUCUCACCAGAGAGCUCCUGAUCAUCUCAUAGCCCGUCUCAUGACCAAGCUCUUUGAACUCCUCGAGGGACGCCACGUCAAGCCAAUCAAUCCCAUCCAUAUCUUCUCCUUCACCGAUGUCGCCAACGCGGUUCGCUAUCUGCGCGCGGGCAAGCACAUCGGCAAGGUCGUCAUUUCAGACGGUCCCGAGCCGAAGAUUUCUGUUCCCGUCCGGCGCGCCCCGAAGACUCUCCACUUCCGCGACGAUGCCACUUAUCUCAUUGUAGGCGGCCUCCGCGGUCUCUGCGGUGCGCUGGCCAUCUAUCUUGCCAAGAGUGGUGCGAAGCACUUGGCGGUUAUCUCCAGAAGUGGGCACACAGACGAGAAGUCCCGUUCUAUCGUCAAGCAGGUCAAGGCCCUUGGAUCGAGCAUCGAUCUCCUGACAGCCGAUGUGACCAGCAAGGGCGACGUCCAGCGGGCAUUCAACCAGACGUCCUUCCCAGUUGGCGGCAUCAUUCAGGGUGCAAUGGUCCUGCGGGACCGACCCUUUGACUCCAUGACACUGGAAGAAUACCACCAAGCCGUCGGCUGCAAGAUCCAAGGCACAUGGAACCUCCACGACGCAGCGGAGAAGCUUAGCCUCCAACUCGACUUUUUCACCAUGCUCUCCAGCAUCUCCGGCGUCAUCGGGCAGCGUGGACAGGCUAAUUAUGCCGCCGCCAACGUCUUCCUGGACUCCUUCGCCGCCUACCGCCGUCAGCGCGGGCAAGCCGCGUGCUCCAUUGACCUGGGCGUCAUCGAGGAUGACGGUUUCAUCGCCAACAACGACGGCUUCCAGGAGAAGCACUUUGACAGCCGGACCUUUAAGGGCAUCAACAACGGCCUUCUUCGGCAGAUUCUCUACUUCUCGAUCCUGCAGCAGGCUGGCAGGUUUCCGGGUUCGCCGUCGGCCACGCAAAUGGUUACGGGCAUCGUUGCGCCGCAGCCCGCUGACUCGGCGCUCUUGCAGGACGCCCGGUUUGCGGCGCUGCGAACCGGGUCGGCUGGAGGCAGGGCGGCUGGCGAGGGUGGUAACAGUGCCAACGCGGAUGUGCAGGCGCUGCUGCUUCUACUGAAAUCGAAGUCUGCUGAGACUUCGGCACAGAUUACAGCGACAGUGGAUGUCGUGAACAAGUGCUUCGUUCGCAUGCUCCGGCUCUCGGAGCCGAUGGACCCCGCCCGACCCCUUUCGGUGUACGGCAUUGAUUCACUGGCCGCGGUGGAGGUCCGCAACUGGUAUCCCGCGGUCAAGCACGCAGCACUGCCAGUAGAUGGCGCAGGUCGCGAUACCUUUUCCAUCAAGCACCUCGUGCUCCUCCUCGCUUUCGUCCCCGCCUUCGCGACAUGGAAACUAUGUGGAGGAUACAACACCUUGGCAGUCGCUCUAUUUACCCUCUUAGUGCCCGUUGUCGCUGCAUUCUGGUAUGUUGCAUCGUGCAUCUCGCCUCCGAUCAACGAGAAAGUUCAGAACCCCGGUCGGCCGGUCGAAGAAUACAUCACCUUCAAGAAUGAGCACGACCGAGACAGAUACUGGGGCAGGCAUAAGAUACCGAUGGGCACUUUCACAAAGAUGUAUUUUGACGGUGAGGUGGAUUUCAAUGGUGAUGCACUUGAGGUCCUGGAGUGGAGGUAUGACUGGGCGAGUUGGAGGUUCACGAGGGAGAUGACGAGGUUCGUGGUGUUGACGUGGCUCCCUGAAGUGAUCUCGUCCUACCUAUUUACACGAGAAAGACAACUGGUAGAAGAUCAGCGCGGUAGCGAUUUUUACUCUUGGUUCCUUGGUCCACGAUUGGCUUACACCUCAGGCAUCAUAUCGGACAUGAACAUCGAGGAAACGCUCGAGGAGCUGCAAGACAACAAGCUUGCUACGGUCUGUGAAAAGAUCAACCUACAACCAGGAGACCGGCUUCUCGACAUCGGUUGCGGAUGGGGUUCCCUCGUAACCUUCGCCAGCGUCAAUUACGGUGCCCUCGCGACUGGGCUUACAAUUGACCCGUAUCAAGCUGAUUUGGGAAACUGGCGCCUCCAAUCAGCAGAGAUACCCGAAACCCAAAGCCGCAUAUGCAAUCGGGUGUAUGAGGGUCCCGACGAAAAGUAUGACAAGAUUGUAUGUCUGCAGUCAUCUGGGCAGGAGGAUUUGAAAGUGGCCGGGUUCUUUGAGCGCUGCUAUGAGAUGCUCGCGGAUGAUGGGAUGUUUCAUGUCGAGAUCACCGCGUCGAGACGUGCGUGGCAAUACGAGGAUUUGGUAUGGGUGUUGUUCUUGAAGAGGCAUGUCAUUCCUUGGAUGACGAUGGGAUGGGACUUGGGGAAGUACGUGACUUCUCUCGAGGAGGCCGGAUUUGAGAUUCAAAGCCUCGACAACAUCGGGCAGCAUUAUUCAGCCACCUUAUGGAGGUGGUACAAGAAUUGGACGGGCAAUCGUGACAAGAUCACAGCCAAGUACGGUGAAAAGUCAUACCGGAUCUGGGAAUACUUCCUUGCGAUGGCGACCAUCUUAUUCCGGCAAGGAACCAUGGGUCGUUGA